UUUCGUCCAAGCAUUUUUCCGUAAACAUAUUCUGUGCAAAUUUCGUAAAUGACGAUGACGGAAAAUCAGCAGCAAGAAGGCGAAGCGAUUCUGUUCGAGGCUCCGGUGAUCCAAGACAACCCGACCGGAUGGGGCCCGUGCGAACUGCCCGACCAGUUCAAGGACAUGCCCUACCAGCCCUUCAGCAAAGGGGAUCGGUUGGGCAAGAUCAGCGAUUGGACGGGGGCUGCGUUCCAGGAUAAGAAAUAUGCCAAUAAAUAUGCAUCUCAAUUUGGUUCCGGUAGUCAAUAUGCUUACUACCACGAUGAGGACGAGAGCACUUUCCAUUUGGUAGACACCACUCGCGUCCAGAAACCUCCCUACCAAAGAGGUCGCUUCCGUGCUAAUCAGCGCAACCUCAGAGGUCGCGGUGGACGCAGCAACAUGCAAGGCGGAGGCAUGCAGUCCCUGGGCAAAGGCCUCAAAGCCCGCGACAACUACAAGCGAGGCCAAGUCAGAAAAUGGGGCCAAGGAAGACCGCAAAUCAAAAUCAGAGACGCUUCAGUCACUGUCAAGCCUGAUUGGAGUACCAUUGAAGAAAUGGACUUUCCAAGGCUUGGAAAGUUGUUUUUGCCCAACAUCAAAGAAGGCACUGAUAUUGUUUGCUGUGGUGAGCUUGAGUAUUACGACAAGUCUUAUGACAGGGUCAAUGUUAAAAACGAGAAGCCUUUGCAAAGUGUCAAUAGGAUUUUCCACACUGUUACAACUACUGAUGAUCCUGUUAUACGUAAACUAACCAAAUCUGAAGGUAAUGUUUACGCUACUGAUGCAAUUUUGGCUACGAUUAUGUGCUGCACCCGCUCCAACUACUCCUGGGACAUUGUCAUUGAAAAGAUCGGCGAUAAGUUGUUCUUUGACAAGCGCGACAAUACCGAAUUCGAUUUGCUGACUGUCAAUGAGACUUCAGUGGAGCCCCCUCAAGAUGACGGCAAUUCGCUGAACUCGCCUAGGAAUUUGGCACUAGAGGCGACUUUCAUUAAUCACAAUUUCAGUCAGCAAGUGCUGAAAUCUGGCACCAAUGAGCCCAGGCACAAGUUUGAGGAACCUAAUCCGUUUGUGUCUGAAGAGGAGGAAGGCGAGGUUGCCAGCGUUGCUUAUCGGUACAAGAAAUGGGAUUUAGGAGGUGGGAUUACUUUAGUAUCUCGUUGCGAGCACGACGCAGUGGUCCAAUCGCCCAGUGGUGAACUUCAAUUCAUCACCAUCAAAGCCCUAAACGAGUGGGAUUCGAAAUUGGCCAACGGAGUAGAGUGGCGUCAAAAAUUGGAUAUCCAACGAGGAGCCGUAUUGGCCAACGAGCUGCGCAACAAUGCUUGCAAGCUGGCCAAAUGGACUGUCCAAGCUUUACUAGCUGGAAGUGAUCAAAUUAAAUUUGGAUACGUGAGCAGAGCUCACGUACGAGACAGCAGCAAGCAUGUUAUUUUGGGUACUCAGCAAUACAAGCCUGCUGAGUUUGCUACUCAAAUUAAUUUGAAUAUGGACAAUGCUUGGGGGAUUUUGAGGUGCAUCAUUGACAUUGUCAUGAAGCAAAAAGAUGGCAAAUAUUUAAUCAUGAAGGACCCUAACAAGCCUAUGAUUCGUUUGUAUGACAUUCCAGACAAUACUUUUGAAUCUGAUGGUGAAACUGAAAGCGACGAGGAUACUCCUCAAGAUGCUGCAGCUUUCCAAAGCUUAUACCCAUAUAACCCAAAACGUUAAUAAUUACAAUACAAUGUAUUAAGUAAUAAAACAAAAAGUUUU